CCGCAUUCGCAUCAGCGGCGUUGAGUCUCAAGAUAGAGUCGACUCUUAUAUAUCCCUGGCGAGAGCAGAGAGAGAGAGAGAGAGAGGCUUAAAGUUGCCAUGCUCCCAUCAUUCCGUUCGUUUCUGUGGUUGACGUUCCCACUCAAUAUCAGUUGAACCGUAUACCCCGGGUUCUCUAUGGUUUCCAUCAGCCUGUCCAGCAUUUUCCUAGGCCCCUUGGUUGUCUUGAUUUCCAUUCCUCUCUUACUUUCUGCUUGUGUUACCAUCUAUUUCUCAGUGCUGACGCUUUACCUGCGAGCCUUCGUUGUCUAUUUAAAAUUAUUAUACGCCAUUGUUACGAGUUUCUUUGCGUUCCCAACCUCCAGCUCGUCCUUGCUAAAUUUCUCUGCAUCCGGAGCUACCACUCCCAACGUUUCCCGAUCAAAGGGACUCAAGAAUAGCUCCGCGUCUCUUGAAUCUUUUCUACAGUCGUCAGAAUUCGGUCCUCGGUUACAGUCUCAUCAAAGCCUCCGCAGUGGCAACAAACCUCAGCAAGGAAAUGCCACACUCCUUUCGGAAGACGGCAUUCUCAGAAACUAUCAUCUUCAGCUAAUCUCCAGUACGAGACGUCAAUCGUACUACAGAGGUGACGCCUCAUUUCCAGAAGGAUUCCUAGGUCUUACCACCGGCGAUGCAAAUCGCGACUUCGAGGGACUCGGAGGUUGGCGCUCUCUGCCGUCGACAGAAGGCUCUCAGAGCAUCAACGAUGAUCCAGACGAGAGGGCCUGGCUGUCAAUAAAUAAUCGUCUGGAGCUGCCUUCGCGCUUGCCGUCCAUAGAGAGCUCAGCAUCUGAUACUAAGGCAAAGCAUCACAAGCGCUCCGCAACUACAUCCGCACUGACCAACGACGGCGGGGCCAGCGCAACGGGAUCAUCACUCAAAGUACGAAAUGCCUCAAACAGCACCUCCAGUGUCGAUCUUCGUCCGCAGUUCUCGAGUCCAAAUCUCGUCCCAGAAGGACUGGGUGCAUCUGCGUCUCGUACAUCUCUGACUAGUCAAACAUCAUUCCCAAAACCAAACAUGUCCAAGUCUCGCAGCCGCUUGACAAGCAGUCCCGAAUUUCAUAGUGGCGAUGGUUACUUCGCUCUGCGCAGACCACGAUCCAAUAGCAAACCGAGUAGUAAUAUGGGUGGAAACACGACUCCGCGCACUCCAGAUGAGCGAGCCAGUAUGAACAUUGGAUUCUCCAUCUCUCAUUAUCCGACCAGUCCUGGACGGAGAAGAAGGACCUCCUUGACCGGCGGCGGUAGCGGUGGCAGUCCUACUUUCAGGACAGCCGUUUCCCCGACCUCAGCGUUGUUGGGUGUUCGACCAGAAGUUCAUGAUGAUUUCCAUGCGUGGUAAUUAUACCCAGGACGAGAGCUGCUUUUGUAUGCAAUUAUAUCCUAUUAGUACCUGAGCGGAGCGACUUUGAUUCUGCAUAUUCAUAUAUACGAUCAGAAAUACACUUGUCUGAGGACAAAUAUAUAACCACAUAUUUCUUCAUUUCACGUAUCAGUUAUUAUAUAUAAUAAUUCCCAUAACGGAAUUGAAAAUUAUUCUUAAGUCUAAAUUCGGGGUUGACUCGUCUAUGUACAGUGUAA